CCUCACCCCAUCUCUCUCUCUCUAAUUUACUCUCAGCAAUCAAAAACCAAAUGGACCAACUCCCAAAAUGCCAAGCAAAUUAUGUGCCACUUACCCCCUUGACUUUCCUCAAAAGGGCUGGCUCUGUUUAUGCUAACCGUACUUCGGUCAUCUACGAGAACACUCGUUUCACCUGGGGUCAGACCUAUGAACGUUGCUGUCGCCUCGCUUCAUCUCUCCUCUCUCUUAACCUUCAGAACGGCAAUGUUGUAUCCGUGCUGGCUCCCAAUGUUCCAGCCAUGUACGAGAUGCAUUUUGCUGUUCCCAUGGCUGGAGCCGUGCUCAACACCAUCAAUACCAGGCUUGAUGCUAAGAACGUUGCAACCAUUCUUCGCCACUCCGAGGCCAAGGUGUUCUUUGUGGACUAUCAGUAUGUGCCGCUGGCACGCGAGGCUCUCCGGAUAUUGAUGGGUGACUCACGAUCACAAGAAGAUCCGUCAUCCGCCGCCGAGUCCUUAAUCCCCCUGGAGAUCAAAGAUUUUGGUGCAAAUCACUCUUAA